UUUUUUUUUUUUCUUAGCAAUAUUUAUGAUGGACGGCUUGUAUACUCAACUUACUGAAAUGUUCUCUACUCUUCCUGAGGGAUAUCUUCCCAAGUGGUUGUUAUUUACUUCUGCCCUCGGCAUCUUUAACUCUAUUCAAAAUUUUUGUACCAGUUCCUUAACUAAACGCCUUUAUGCUAAUAAACCUCAUGAAGUUACUCCGUUAAGUGGUCGUCUUUUUGCUACUUGGACAUGGUCUGUCAGUAUGAUUCGUAUUUAUGCAGCUUUCCAUCUUCAACAUAAAUUUAUGUAUGAUCUUGGUAUUUGGACUUAUGUUAUUGCCUUGACUCAUUAUGCUGCCGAACUUUUCAUUUUCCGUGGUUGUAAAUUCAAUGGUCCUUUCAUGUCUCCUUUGUUUGUUGCAGUUACUUCUCUUAUUUGGCUUAUGCAAGUUAAAGACGAUUAUGUGAAAUACUAUUAAUUCUCCCUUUUUCUUUUUUCUUUUUUUUUUAAAAAAAAAUAUAUUAUAUACAUGUAUGUUUAAUAAAUAGAUACGGGUUUUCUUC